AUGAGUACAGAAAAUUCUGACUCCGGUGGUGGUAUAGCUCUCUCGUUGGUGGCACAAUUUGACGAUAUAAAUCGUUUGAACAGUGUUUUAAAUGAUGGAACGUCGGAAGAAUGUUUUCUAGCUUUUGUAAAACAAAUGGAAUGGGUUAGAACCCAGUGGGCCACCGCAGAGGCGGAAGCGAGGCGAUUACAAACCGAGCUCGAUGAAGCGUUAAAUAAAUUAGAAAAAUGGGAAGCGAAAUUUGCUCAUGUUCGUAAACUACUAGACGGUGAAAAGAGGGAACGAAAUGUAGUUAUGAAGAAAUAUAAUGAGUUGAGCAAACUCUUAGAUAUGGCUAGGGAUCUGCUCUUCAACGACAACCGAGCAAAGCUUAACAAUGAAACACUACAGAAGCUGGCCUUCUUGAAUGGUACGGCACAACAAGACCAUAACGCCAAACUAAAUGGUGUACCAGAACUUAAUUCUACAGGGACACUAUUGUCGGAGAUGUCAUAUUCUCGAUCGGAAGAUGAUCUUGAUCUCUCCCUGGCUUCAACGCGUCGUUCCUGGGUCCAGCGAGGAGGCUGGGCUGCUCGGCCAGAUGCUCCUAAGAAGAGACGAUCAUCGACAUCAUCAGCUACUAAGACAGUGGAACUCCAUGGUGGUAAGGUGCUGGCAACUGCGACCACCACACUCACACUAGAGAGAGCUCCCACCACUCAUGACCUUAAACCACCACAGAACUUUCUACCUAUAUCUGAGAGUAGCGAUGAAGCCCAAACUCCACGCCCGCCCGCGCCCCGUCUGUCCCGCAACAAACAGGAAAUAGUGCCCUCUGCACCUCCAGAAUCUGAGAGCGCUUCUGACACUCCUAAAGCUCGUCCUCAAAGAACUCCUUCAGUGAUGUCAGCGGUGUACGGUUCGCCUAGGGUGAGGCCGAGGCAACAUAACUUUAUAGGAAAAAACUUCUACAAGCGAGAAACAUGCGGACCUUGUGGGAAAACUAUAAAGUUUGCCAAGAUGGGUGUAAAGUGUGAGCAGUGUCGUGCGCAGGCGCAUCCCGAGUGUCGCUCUUUGUUGCCACUACCCUGUGUGCCGCCGGGACGAGCACUAGCGCACCAGGAGGGUAGUAUAGCUGACUUCGCACCGUCCACUCCGCCGAUGGUCCCAGCUCUUUUGGUUCACUGUAUUAAUGAAGUGGAGAAGAGAGGACUCACUGAGAGAGGGAUCUACCGCAUAUGUGCUGUAGAUAAAGACGUUAAAAGACUUAAGGAGCGUUUCCUUCGCGGCUGUGGGUCCCCGUCUCUCUCCAGCGAGGACGUCCACGUCAUCUGUGGUUGUAUCAAAGACUUCCUCCGCUCCCUCAAGGAGCCUCUAGUAUCGAGCGCCUUGUGGGCUGACUUCAUGAACGCAGCCUCACUAGCCGAGCCCAGUGACGUCACAGCUCAAAUGGUCCACGCUGUGUCUCAACUACCACAGCCCAAUAGAGACACACUAGCAUUCCUCGUGUUGCAUUUACAGAAAGUAUCUGAAAGUCCCGAAUGUGAAAUGGGCGUUGACAACUUAGCUCGUAUGUUCGCCCCGAGCGUGGUGGGCUACGGUCUAACGACUGCAGCUCAAAUGUACACCGCCACUGAGAAGAUGUUCACUGUGAUGCAAGUAUUACUGAACCUCCCGGGCGACUACUGGUCCCAGUGGGCGUGUCCCUCCGAUGUGAGUUCACCUCUCAAUACAAACAGACCCAGAGGAUUCUUCUUCUCUCCCGCUGAUACUGGACCAGCCCUUCCCAAAACAGUGGAACUCCAUGGUGGUAAGGUGCUGGCAACUGCGACCACCACACUUACACUAGAGAGAGCUCCCACCACUCAUGACCUUAAACCACCACAGAACUUUCUACCCAUAUCUGAGAGUAGUGAUGAGGCCCAAACUCCUCGCCCGCCCGCGCCCCGUCUGUCCCGCAACAAGCAGGAAAUAGUGCCGUCUGCACCCCCAGAGUCUGAGAGCGCUUCUGACACUCCUAAAGCUCGUCCUCAAAGAACUCCUUCAGUGAUGUCAGCGGUGUACGGCUCGCCUAGGGUGAGGCCGAGACAACAUAACUUCAUAGGAAAAAACUUCUACAAGUGA